AUGGAAAAUCGCGAGACGACGCCGGAAAUCAAUAGAUCUAGGCCAAAUCUGAACAGAUCUGGAGAAAUUAAAUACCUUCCACAGUCGAUCAGUGAUCUUUACAAUCUACAAACAUUGCUACUACGCAACUGUUAUUAUCUCAUUGAGUUGCCUGCUGACAUGGGGAAACUGCUCAAUCUACGCUACCUUGAUGUUAGCGGAAGUGGUUUACAAAAGAUCUCGCUGGGUCUGGAUAAAUUGGUGUACCUCAGGACAUUACCAGAAUGCAUUAACUUGUUGCACCUUGAGGGUUCACUUUCAAUACUGAAUUUGGAAAAUGUGGAUAAUGUUUGGGAUGCUCACGGAGCUAGUUUGAUAACUAAGAAACACCUUCGCGAGUUAUUGCUUCAAUGGAGCGAUGGUUUUGAGCACUUAGAGAAGGCUAGAAUGGCAACUAAUGUUCUUGAGCUGUUACGACCCCAUCAAAAUAUAGACAAGGCUACUAUCAAGGUCUACAGUGGUACACAACUCCCUACUUGGAUGGCGAAUCCUUCAUUCCACAAGCUGGACUUAAGUGAGAUAAAAAGCAUUGGUGAUGAGUUUUUCGGUUUUACUUCAACCAUAUUGACCCCUUUUGCAUCUUUAGAGACUCUAUCCUUCACGGAUAUGCAGGAAUGGGAAGAUUGGUUACUUGGUUAUGAUGGAGAUAGAGAAGCAUUCUAUAACCUCUUGGAGAACCACUUGGAGGAGUGUCCUAAACUGCGAGGAGAAUUACCUGACGUCCUUCCUUGCCUCGUAAAUCUUGUGAUUUGCAAGUGUCGACAAUCGGAUUCCUCUUCCACGACUUCCACAACUAAAUGA